AUGUCAAGUCCCACGUUGAUAGAACUCACGUCGGAUGAAGAAGAUGGCGAGAUUGAAAUCACCGGGUUCAACCAAAACGAAAAUGACUCUUGUUCACGCCAUCGAGUCACCAAGAAGCUAGCUGACAUCCAGUGCCCCAUCUGUUUUGACGACGUGACCGUGGCAACCACCACCAGCUGUGGCCACAUCUUCUGUCUAGAGUGCAUAGAGCAAAGCAUAAGCAGUUCUCGUGGAAGAAACCGCGGGCACAUGUUGAAGGGGCGAGGCUUGUGUCCCUUGUGCCGCAAGGAAGUUGGAUUCAAGGAGACUACAGUCAUGAUGCUCAAAAAGGGCACCAAGGUCUUUGUUCCUCCUAAAACUUGA